AUGGUGCGGCCGCCGAGCCGAGGACGGUGGGCAGGGACGCGGCGCCGCCCGCCGAAAGAGGCGACCACGUCGAAGCUCUAUGAGAAAGUGCUCGCGAAUGAUGCGCUCGAGACAAAGAUCCAGAACGACAUGUCGCCCUUUCCGCCGACGUACACCGAGCACGUGUCGCGCCGAGACGUCGCCGAAGACGUGUACCGUGACGGGGCGUGCGCGCUGCCGAUGCUGCGCGACAUUGCACUACGCGUAGCGGGAAAGCACUUUUCGACGCAUAUCCUCCCUACACCGGAAGUGCUUGAAGAGCUCUCUGGCGCCGCGCCCCGGCGCCCGCCGCCCCGCAAACGGCGGCGGGGCGACGAGGACGACUAUACGCCUGAAGACGCCGACGAGAUCGAUCAGGAGCGCCGUCCAAAGGCAGCCCGCACCCUUGUAGAUGCCAUGGAAUGGAGCGAGAUGAAUCGCGAGCUCCUAAAGCACAUGCCGGUGACGCUCGCCGACCGCCUCUUUGAGAUGGUGUGCCUGUACUCGCCCAUGUCCGUCACGAAAGAGGUGCUGUCGUCCUACUUUCUUCCGCAUGUCGCACCCGACAAGACCAAAAGUACGCCGGGAGCCGUGCCGCCGCUUCCUGCCGAGGCGCGCGUGCGCACACGCAUCUUUUUCCCCGCAUCGCUGCCGCUCUUUUCGCAGGACCACAAGACGGCGCCACUGCUGCUCGCGAUGCUCGCCGGCGCACUCGCUCUGUCGCCGAGCGCACCCCGCCUCACGGCACCGAUCGAGGCGGUGGAGUUGCACGGCCUCACGCGUCUGCAGAAUGCGUCGUUUGUACGGCUGCUGCGUGCGCCGCCAUCCAGCACCAUGCCCGUGCCGUGGCAGCUGCGUCGCGUGAGCGUGCGCGGGUGCCUCGCGCUGGGCGACGCGGCGGUCGCUGCACUCGUCUAUGCAAGCGGGGCAACGCUCGAGCACCUCGACCUGACUAUGACGUCGGUCAGCCCCGCGGCUCUUCGGGAGAUUGGGUCGCACUGCCCCAAGCUGCGUGCGCUGCGUGUCGCAUGGUGCGAGAAUUUUACCGAGGAGACGUUCUCCGAUGCGGUGAGCGCGUGCGUCGCGCAGUGUGCGCAUGCGAAUCCGCCGUGCAUUCCUUUCCAGAAGCUCGAGGAGGUCGACGUAUCGCACACAUCCGUCGGCGACAUUGCCGUCGGAGGGCUGCUGCGCCUGUGCGGCCCCCAGCUGCGCUCGCUGGACGUGGGCUACACCGCGGUUGGCGAGAGCGGGAGUCUCGAUGUGCUGUGUAUCGGCCUCGGCCUCGGCGUGCCACGCAGCGCCGCACGGACCGCCUCGCCGCUCGAGCACAUCGGACUCGCUGGUUUGUGUGUGCACAGCAGCUCGCUGCUGCACCUUGUGCGCCAGCUGCUACCACUCGACGGCGCGAGUGCGCUGCGCUCGCUCGAUCUCGAUGACCUCGUCGAGUACUCACGCCGGCACCAGUCCUCGCUGCAAGGGCGCAUGGGCGUCUCGGGCCCCACGCUGCACGCACUGGCCGCCAUGCUCGCUGCCGCCGCACAGCACCGGCCCUUUGCAUGUGUGCGCCUAAAAGGCGACAAGCGGCGCGCGGCCGUGCCGGGGCACUGGGCGGUGCCGGACGCUCCGGCCGCGACGCUCGGCGAUACGCUCCGCCUGCUCUUUGCGAGCUGCGAGCAGGUCGAGCUCAAUGGGCUGCAGCUCCACGAGCACGAUCUCGAUUGCAGCAUGCCACACACAGCGCCGUCAGCCGUGCACACACUCUGGCUCAACAGCACCGGACUGCGCGACGACGGCCUCGAUGCGCUCACGCCGUGGACCGGGCGCCUGACUUCGCUGUACCUGGACGAUACCCAAAUUACCACCGCGGCCCUCGACCGCCUGGUUGCAUCCAAUCCUCGCCUCACGCUCGUGAGCCUGUCGCAGUGCCGCGGCAUUCCCGUCCGCGAGCGCCGCGCUUACUUUGUAGCCCACCGCCGCCGUAGCCAAGUGGAGUAA